GAUCUUUGUCUCUUCAGCGCUUUAUCGAGCACCAGCAAUGGAAACUACAGAUGAUAGCAAGGACACGAAAAUGUCCUUGUCCAAAGAAGACAUUGCUUUUAAAUAUUUGCCUAUAGCAGGAGCUGUUAGCUAUGAAAUAUUUUCUUUGAAUAUCAUGAACCCUAGAGAAUUCUCAAAUGUGGUUGGUGAUAAAGAUAUUGCAUUGGCCAAUUCUAUUUGGUUCAAUGCUCACAUAGGACUAGGACUGUACAUGUACAACCAGAAACAUCUUCAAGCAUUAUCAAAUAGGGAUAGAAUAAUGUAUUCUGUAUUUGGAACAUGUAUAUUCAACUUUGGAUCAGUAUUAUUAUGGGCGACUGCCAAACAUGUUGUACCAGAUGUGCCAGUGUUUAGGACUUUAUUAGGACUUGCAUCUGGAGCUGGAUUGUUAUAUGUAGGCAAAAGAUACUUAGAGCACCUCAAUUCAUUAUGAUGACUAGACCAUGCUAAAUUUGUUUGAUGAUUAUUUCCUAGUUGAUGUGGAUUAGAUAGAUUUCUCAAAUUUAAUGAUUGAUAUUUUUAUUGACCAUCUUACAAAAAAUAACCAGUAUUAAAAUCGUACUACAGCAGUUUUGUAUUAAUUUAUGUUACCUGUAUGUCAUAAAAAACAAAAAUUUUAAAUAACAAAAUGAACCAAUUUACUUGUAUCUACAUAAUUCUAUAGAGUUUUUUGCAUGUACCACAAAACUACAUUUUUUUUCUGAAGGAUAAUUUUAAACUGCUGAAAUAUGCUUCUGACAUCAGACUUGGACUUCUCUUGAACUGAAUUUUAAUGUGCGUAUUGUUAUGCGUUUACUUUUCUACAUUGGUUAGAGGUAUAGGGGGAGGGUUGAGAUCUCACAAACAUGUUUAACCCCGCCGCAUUUUUGCGCCUGUCCCAAGUCAGGAGCCUCUGGCCUUUGUUAGUCUUGUAUUAUUUUAAUUUUAGUUUCUUGUGUACAAUUUGGAAAUUAGUAUGGUGUUCAUUAUCACUGAACUAGUAUAUAUUUGUUUAGGGGCCAGCUGAAGGAGGCUCCGGGUGCAGGAAUUUCUCGCUACAUUGAAGACCUGUUGGUGACCUUCUGCUGUUGUUUUUUUAUUUGGUCGGGUUGUUGUCCCUUUGACACAUUCCCCAUUUCCAUUCUCAAUUUUAUGACAUCUAUCUGUGAUGCAUUUGUUCUGUGAUAUUUUUCUAACAACUGUUUUAGGUUCAUUCAGUAACUAAUGUUGAUGACCAUCAAAUUGAAUUACAGAAUUUUGUAAUUGUUUGAAUUUUAUAGACAUUUAUUCUAAUAAACAUUAGAAAG